GAGAGCGAAUAAAUAAAAACUUUUUUCUCUUUAGUAGUGUCUAAAAAGUUCUAUAUAUUUGUUGUUGUUCCUUCUUCUUCCUUCUUGAAUUUACCCCUUCACUCAUCAUUUCUUCCUCUUCUUCUCCUUUAUUAAUUAGCUGCAAACAUUUUCCAUUAAAAUGGCAAGCUGCAUCGAUGUUGCUUCUGAAAAACUUUGCUAUAUCCCUUGCAACUUUUGCAAUAUUGUUCUUGCGGUGAGUGUACCAUGCAGCAGCCUAUUUGAUAUUGUGACAGUUCGAUGUGGUCACUGUACAAAUAUGUGGUCCGUUAAUAUGGCAGCUGCCUUUCACUCCUCUUCUUCUUCUUCUUCCUCUUGGCAAGACAUUCAUCAUCUUCAGGUGCCAAACUACACUGCUCCUGAGUAUAGAAUGGAUUUUGGUUCAUCAACUAAAUGCAACAACAGGAUGACAAUGAGAACACCAAUCACAAACAACACUCACGAGGAGAGGAUUGUGAAUCGACCUCCCGAGAAGAGGCAGCGAGUACCUUCUGCAUAUAAUCAGUUCAUAAAAGAAGAGAUUCAGAGGAUCAAGGCUAAUAAUCCAGACAUCAGUCACAGGGAAGCAUUUAGUACUGCUGCCAAAAAUUGGGCACAUUUCCCUCACAUUCACUUUGGACUCAUGUUGGAGAGCAACAAUCAAGCCAAACUCUCUUGUGGGGGCAGAAAAUUGUCCAAAUCAUAGAGCUCUUUGCUAAAGAAAUAAAGAUCUUCAAUUUAUGGAGAGUUUCUACAAGCUGUGUGUUGAAUUGAGGACAAGAGUGUGACCUCAAGGUGUUCUAUGGAGUGUGGACAUAAAACGAUAUAUUAUAGCCUUUCUAAUUCGUUGUAUUUCACUUAUAUAUUAUGCAAGUUGAAAAACUAAGUUCCUUUAAUUUAUUGUCUAUCUCUAUCAAUUGUCUUUCUCUAAUGAGAGGAAUUUAGAGAGUGUUUCCAUA